GGCAGUCCGUUUCAUAUUCUGUAAUUCUGUUCGCUCGACAGAUCAACCAUCCAUAGGGCUUGACCCGUGUGGACUCUUGAUGAAUACCAAUUGACUAGACAAGCAUCUGUCCAAUAUGUCGGCUUUCUCGAGCGCUGACGAUAACUCUCUUGGCCAUACGUCUUGUCUAUAGUCGCUCACAUCUUUGCUCGUUGGCACUGGUCCCACUUGACGAGAUUCAGGAGUCUUCAUCCGACAGUCAUUCAUUCAUAUAUCGCAAGUCAACACUCUUUUCCACGGGGUUACCAUCGCUGCCACUCUCUCAUUGUUUGUGCUGAAUCCAUCAAUUAUUAGUCACUCGUUUGUUAUAAGCAGAACUAGAUUCACCCAUUCGUCAUGAAGUGGGAGUCAUUCUUUUUGACAGCCAUCACCGCUGGCUCGGCCAUGGCUGGAGCGCAUCAUGCACACGAGCAUGCUCAUCGUCGUCACCGUCUUGCUCAUAAUGCAGAAUUGAAGGCUAGAGAGGUUGACGCCCAGGCCAACCCUGCGGUCAGCACCAAGACUAUCGUCAACCUCGAGGUCGUCACCAUGUACACCACUAUCACGCAACUCCCUCCCGCCCACAAGCCAACUACCACCGUGGCAGCCGCAGAGGCUUCCACUGCUGACAGGCAGACGCUCGCAAGCGUCAACCUCGACGUCGCUGUGAACCUUCUGGAUGUUCUUUCGGUCUCCACCAGCACAGCGACUACGUUUAGCACUAGCACCAGCAGCGCCACAGUGUCUGCGGCGACCAGCAGCUCCGGCAACAGCGUCAGCUGGACCUCCACCCCUUCCAAUGGCGUGUACUCCACCUCUGGUUUUGGCCAACGCACCAGCUCCUCCGGCUCAGGGAUCGAGUACGUCGGCAACGUCGGCAGCCCCUGGGGCAGCAACAUCAUCGAGGUGACCGCCUCCACAGCCUCGCAGUACAAGUACGUCGUGAAAUUCACGGGCAGCAACACCAGCAACUGGUUCGUCUCGUUCUGGAACAAGAUAGGCCCCGAUGGCAAGAUGGACGGGUGGUACGGUCACUCAGCGCUCAACUUCACCCUUGCGGCUGGCCAGACCAGAUACGUUGCCUUUGAUGAGAACUCGCAGGGUGGAUGGGGUGCCGCUGCGGGCAACUCGCUGCCGACGGAUGAGUACGGCGGGUAUGCCUGUACCUGGGGCGAGUUUGAUUUUGGGAAUACCGGCAACGCUAAGUGGUCUGGGUGGGACGUGUCUGCCAUCCAGGCGCAGAAUGCGGGUCUGACGGUGCAGGGGAUGAGAAUCUGUAAUCACAAGGGGGCUGAUUGCUCGUAUAUCACGACUAAUGCCGCCAAGGUGGUGAAUGCGUACACGGCGGCGGAGGCGUCUGUGGAUGGUAUCGGAGGUAGUGUGAGUGCUGGCGCGGUGAGGUUGGUGGUUGACGUUGAUUACAGUGGUUGAGUUAUUUGGGCUUCGACUGUAUAUAGAUAUUCGAUGGGUAAAUAGGUUUUUCGGAUGUAUACAUUGAUAUAUAUCUUGCUCUUAGAUAGCGCUUCAUUUGCCCGCGCAAAAGCUGU